AUGCUGAGCCCGCCGGCAUCACCCGUCCCACGAGACAGGCUCAUCAACCACAUGCCCAAGUGUUACACAGCUGAAGCUUCCCUGCACUACAGAACAAAUUUUGAUGAUCAGGUGAAGAAUGUGUGCCAGCAGCGCCAUGCUGGACCCUUUGGGUUGAAAAUGGCUAAAGUUGUAAUGGUGGGAGACCUUUAUGUGGGGAAAACCAGCCUGAUCAACAGGUUUUGCAAGAAUGUCUUUGACCGUGAUUACAAAGCAACAAUUGGUGUUGAUUUUGAAAUUGAGCGGUUUGAAAUCUUGGGUGUACCAUUUAACCUCCAGAUAUGGGACACAGCUGGACAAGAGAAGUUCAAAUGCAUUGCAUCAGCAUAUUACAGAGGAGCACAAGUGAUUAUUACAGCUUUUGAUCUGGGUGACAUUCAGACCCUUGAGCACACUAGGCACUGGCUGCAGGAUGCUGUAAGAGAAAAUGAACCUGAUUCAUUCUCUGUAUACCUUGUUGGGACUAAAAAAGACACUUUGUCAGAGGCUGAGUGUGAACGGACAGAACGAGAUGCUUUGAAAUUUGCAGAGGAGAUGAAUGCGGAAUAUUGGUCUGUCUCUGCCAAAACGGGU